AUGAAUCCCACCGUUGUAAUUGCUCCUGGCGCAUGGCCCUUGGUAGAGUUCUUUCAGCCUCUCAUGCAGGCCUUUGAGUCCCGUCACUACCCAGCCAUUUGCAAGAUUCCCUCUUCCUAUACAAAAGAAACUGAAACGGCGCAGCCCAUGAACCCCGACUGCAAGUAUCUACGUGAAGAAGUUCUCACGCCACUCGUAGAUGAGGGAAAAGAUGUUGUGCUCCUCAUGCACUCCUAUGGUGGUGUUUACGGUGGCUCGGCAGUCGAAGGUCUGAGUAAGACGGAACGGACUGCCAGUGGUAAAGCCGGUGGCAUUAUCGCCCUCGUCUUCUGCGCCGCUUUUACGGCCCCGAAGGGAAUGACGGCCAUGCAGGUUAUGGGGAUUGAUCCUGAGAAUUUGCCGGAUUGGAUUCAUCAUGAUAAAGAAACCGGCCUAGUCAACCUAACCAAGGCCCGAGAAAUGCUAUUCCACGACCUCCCAGACGACGAAGCCAAUAGAUUAGCCAACGCUCUCCCAAAACAGCCCUACGCUUCCUUCGCAGCACCCAUGUUGUACGAUCCCUACAAUGAUCCUUCAUACAAGGGCAAACUCGGAUACAUUUUCACCGAGGCUGAUCGCAUCGUUCCAAUCGUCGCGCAAGAAAUGUAUGCGAAGCAGGCUGGGGCGACGGAGACUGCUGUUUUGAAGGAUUCGAGCCAUUCGCCUCAUCUGGAGAGACCGGGUGAGUUGGCUGAUGCUACUAUUGAGGUUGUUGAGAAGAUUACGGGGAUUUAG